UAUAUUUCUUUAUUAUAAAUAUACCAAAACCAGGAUUGUUGAAAAUAGUAUCAAAAAUUAAAAAAAAAAAGUAUCUCUAUGAACGCAAUAUUAUUAUUGAUUUUUGCUCUGCGCAUACUUCCUAACUUCGUUGUCAUCCUAUUCGUUCAAGAUUCGCGAUACCUACCGCUCGUUCGCUCUGCUUUAAUAGAAAAGCUAUAAAAAAAAAAUCAAAAUUAUAAAAAAAAAAAUAUACCGUGCCAAAUACCGCAAAAUAGGGCACACAGUUUUUUCCAAUAAAUUACCUCAUUAAAGAUGUUCGCUAAUCCGUAAUAACGUAUUCCGUGGAUUCUUUUACGUAAAAUAAAGAAAAAAAAAUUGAAGAUUAUUAUUUUUUUUUAAUAGAAAGGGGUAGGCAAAGGAAUUAAAACGGAGUCUUUUAAAGGGUUAAGAUCAGAUAAACAAAUGUAUACGGCGGUAGCCGUAUGUUCUGCUAAAAGGAACGCCGAGAAACUAAAAUCGACGGAGGCGGAGGACCACUUUAAGAAUCAAAGCAUACCAGCACCCCCAGACAUUUCAGGAUGUCUCUGCCCAGGGAGUUUAUUUUUAAUCAGGAACUGUCGAAAUUCGACAGCCAACUCCUGGGCACAUCAGCCCCGCCGGCAGCGAGCGCACCACUCUCCUGCUCCAUCGAUCUGCCAACUGACACUAUCUCGGAGGCCAACCUGUCCCCGGACAAGGGAUCCCUGCUGUCGGUCCAGUCGGCGCCACCUGAACAGAGGGAGCGACCGGCGAGUUUGCUUCUCGAAUUGCCGUUAGCUACUCAAGUAGGUGCAUAUUUAUCCGCCAUGUCGCCGACUGAGCAAGAGGAAGACUCUCUGUUGACGCUCUCGUCGGUGACCGCUCGGCCGCUGCUAGCUGCCUCUAGGAAACUGCGGCCACCGCCCGACUCCAGCACAGAUAUCACCAAUCCCCCAGACGGGGGUUACGGCUGGGUUGUGGUCUUCGGGGCUUUCAUGGUGCAGUUCUGGGUGGCUGGUCUGUUCAAGUCUUACGGUGUGCUUUACGUGGAGAUAAUGGAAACGUUCCCGGACUCGUCCGAGUCGGUUGCCUCUUGGAUACCGGCUGCGUUGUCAACGUUGUGCUUAGCUCUUGCUCCGCUAUCAUCAGCCCUGUGUGAGAAGUACUCGUGUCGGCUGGUGGUGUUCAUUGGUGGCCUAUUCUGUGCGACUGGGCUGGCCCUCUCCUACUUCAGCACUGGGCUACUCCACCUGCUCCUGAGUUUCGGGGUGAUGACAGGAAUUGGCGGUGGGCUGUCUACAACACCAGGGAUAGUUAUAGUCUCCCAGUACUUCGAUAAGCACAGGGCACUGGCCAACGGUAUAUGUGUGAGCGGGACGGCUGCCGGAAGCUUCGUAUUUCCGAUGCUUAUAGAGAAACUAGUGGAUAUGUACGGCUUACAUGGAACGGUGUUAUUGCUGGGCGGUGGUAUGCUGCAUGUCUGUGUGUCAGCCACGUUGUACCGACCACCGCCCACCAUCAGGGAGCGGGGCUCGACGCCUGCCACCACCACCACCACGGAGAAUACCACCUUACUCCACGACAUACAGGAAGGUAAAACCGACCCAACCAAAGACAACCGUCUGCAGAGUUUGUUCCAACCGGACUCCGAAAUGGCGUUGAAUCAAAAGAAUGUACUUCUGAACGAGGAAGCCAAGAGAUCUAAUUUGAUAACUGAGAUUAUUCAUCCAAGUUUAAUAGAGGUAGCACGACCACCUCUGCAAACUCAGCACUCAGACUCUGAAGAUUCUGAGGGUCUGGAUGUCCUUGGAGUCGUUGGAUUACCAAAGGAAGUGGCCCGCCUCCGCCUGCGGCCGACGCGUUCCUCGUCAAUCUUGCAUUCAGUCGAAGAUUUGUCCACGGACAGCACUUGCGUUUACAAAUCCAGUAGAAGGAAGAUCAGCCGAUCUCUAUAUAUAAGACCUCCAUUGCCACACCGUUUGAUGCAGAACAAGUUAUCGGAGCCGGUUAUAGUGAAGCAAGACCAGGAGAUACAGAAGGAGGACAACAACGAGCAGAAAGAAGAGAAGAGAGGAUGCGUCGAGAAGAUUUCCAGAUAUUUGGACGUUUCUUUGCUGAAGUCGUGGCGGUUUGGUCUACUGUGCGCGUCCGUAGCCUUGAUGUCUUGCGGCUCGCCGUAUGCGUUGUACUACUUGCCGGCAUACACUGUUGCUGUGGGGCAUAGCAAGUCGGCUGCGGGUCACCUGGUAGCCAUCAGCGCAGUGCUGGACCUCUGCGGGCGGCUCGGCCUAGGAUAUUUGUGUGAUUUGCAUCUAUUUUGCAGAAGAAAGGCGUACAUAGUCAGUAUUCUGGUGGCCGGUAUAGCGGUACUCACCCUGCCCAGUUUAACAUCAUGGUGGUCGUUAGCCAUUGCAUCAGGUGCAUACGGCCUCUGCCUGGGAUGCUGGUUCUUGCUGGUACCUGUGCUUCUGGCGGACGCGUUCGGCACAGCUCGGAUCGCGUCGUCGUACGGACUCGUCAGAAUGUUCCAGAGCAUUGCGGCUGUCUCCGUACCACCCACAGCUGGGCUGGUGCGUGACGUCACAGGGGGUUACUCUUGGUGUUUUUACGGUAUGGGAUCUUGUAUGGUGUUAGGUUCGAUUCCGGUGAUUGCAUUCCACAUCUGUACCAAAAACGAAGACUCCGACUCGUCUGUAGAUUGAACGGGUAGAUAAUUAUCAAU